UAAGCCUUAUAGUAAUUCUUCUUCUUAUGAAGGUUUUAAUACUUUUUAUUAUUUAUGGCCAAUUGUGCAUGGAACUUUUGGAGUCGACCAAUCUGAACCUUGGGACGUAUGGAUAAAACAAAUUAUAAUUAUAAAAGAUUUAAUUGCUAAAAUAAUGGUUGGAAGCCGUGGAUUCAGUCAUUCAGAUUAUAAUGAUUUAAUUGUUAUGGACAGCGAUGAUAUUUCUCAAACUAAUCAAAAUGAACUCAUAAUGAUUUCAAAGAAAGACGUGAACAAGCAAAAUCAUACAAAUCUAAUAAUUUCUCAAAUAAAUGGAUCAGAACCAUUAAUUCCUAUUACAACCACACCAAAUACAAACUAUCCUGCUGAACAAUGGCCAUUAGCUCUCUAUAAUUUUAAAAAGAAAAAAAAUCAGAUUCAACAUGAUUUGGAAUGGGAGGAAUUAUCUUUAAGAAUUAAGAGCUCUUUAGUCAUAUAUACGGAAACUUUAAUAAUUUCUGAUGAAAAGCAAUGA